CGGUAUGGCCAGGCACGUGUUCCUGACUGGGCCCCCAGGAGUUGGAAAAACAACACUGAUCCAGAAAGCCAGUGAGGUUUUAAAAUCCUCUGGUGUGCCUGUCGAUGGAUUUUACACAGAAGAAGUCAGACAGGGAGGGAGAAGAAUAGGAUUUGAUGUUGUCACAUUAUCCGGCAUGCGGGGAGUUUUGUCUAGAAUUGGGUCAGAGCCUCCGCCCGGAAAACGUGAAUGCCGGGUUGGGCAGUAUGUGGUGGAUCUGACUUCCUUCGAGCACUUGGCACUUCCGGUCCUGAGGAAUGCAGGUUCCAGCAGUGGCCCGGGGCAGAGAGUGUGUGUCAUCGAUGAGAUUGGGAAGAUGGAGCUCUUCAGUCAGCCUUUCAUCCAGGCCGUUCGUCAGACGCUGUGCACCCCAGGGACUGUAGUCCUGGGCACGAUCCCAAUACCUAAGGGAAAACCGCUGGCCCUCGUGGAGGAAAUCAGAAACAGAAACGACAUUCAGGUGUUCAGUGUCACCAAGGAAAACAGAAACCACCUUUUGCCAGAUAUUGUGACGUGUGUGCAGAGCGGCUGGAAGUGAAGACCGUUCGAGCCCCUGCCUUGUGCUCUUGAAGAAAUGUGCUGCUUCGCUCGGAGCCUGAUCAGUGCCCCACCUGUCAAGGAUUUAUGCCCUCGGGCUUACGAAACCUGAUGGGCCUUUCCAGAGAAAGCCUGACAGCUGUUCUCCAUGAAAUGUUUAAAAGAUCAAAUUAGCCUGAAGGCUGGAUUGGCGCGACAAGAUGAACAGUCCGCUGUGGCUUAUUUAUGCCCAGAGGUUUCUGUUUAUUUCCUCUUGCAGUUGUGCAUAUGAUUUCGGUAAAUUAUGAAAUGAGAAAUGUUUUUCAAGAGUAUUAGAUGGAACUUGCCCCCAUCGAAGUUUAUACGUGUGUUCCGGGGAAGGGGGAGAAGGGUGUUCGCUACCUAAUCAAUUUUGCAUGUUAUGAAAAUUAACCCCCUCUCCAGGUGCUUCAGCUCACAGGGAUAUGAGUUACUCAGUUUUUUUAAAAAAAUGGUUACUUCAGAGAAAAGCCAUUUUAGGUCCUCCCCACCCAUCUCAUUGUUUAUUUGAUUGCUUAUUGCUUAAUAAAAAGAAACUAAAUGCGGUGGUUGCAAACACGUG